CAGACAGAGCUAGUUCAACACAACGACAGCCACACAAAUGAGUUGUUUGUUAUGGUUCUGUAUUGUUGUUUGACUCAGAGAGUGUUACGACCAGUACGGGUAACUAGCGCUUGUGCUUAGCGAAGAAGUCGUGCUGUCCCGUGCUUGUGUCUUUGAUGCCAACCCAGCUCAGUAACCAAUAUAAUAACGAAAAACGUGACAUCGUGUACAAUCAUCACGAGAGCUGUUGUAGCGGCGAUUCGUUCAACAGUCCGAUUUCGCGGGCGCGUUAUCGGAUCAACGCGCCGCACAACUUCGCUCGGCGGGCGAAACGAUUUAAUGGUAGUAGUCGGUAAUUGUGCCCUGAUCAUACCGCCUACCAAUUUGAUCCUUGCCGAGCAGCGUUGAAAAAUAAGGAAACGCCGUAGCUAUGAACGGACUAGAUCCUAACGAAGCGACAGAAACACUAAAGAACCUGCUAAAGGUUGGCCAGCCGCCGUUGCCAGUGGCAAGCGGAGAGGCAAGCUGUUCCGAUCAAAUGCCACCGACUGGUGUAACGCUUCUCCAGCAGUUGUUUGCUACGGCAGCUAACGCCGGCAGUCUGAACGCCAUGGAACAGCUAAUUGAAUUGAGAGGAAUGGCCGAAGGCGAGGCGAUUCCAUUCGGACAGAAAGAUGUCCGAAUCGAUGUUCGAGUUGACAAAGCUGAAUACUUGAACAACAAGGUCAAGAUUCGAAAUAUUGUUGACCUCGGCUGGGAGAACAAAUUCACCUAUGGCAACCAGAUCGCAGAGCAUUGCAGCCGUGACUAUGUUGCAUACACCCUCAAAAUGGCGUCGGGUGUGGGCGGUGUUCGUGUCAUUAAUAUUAAGACGAAUUGCCGGGCGCUUAUUAAAGGAAUUCAAGGCCAGGUGGCUGAUCUAGCAUUCGCACACAUCAAAUCUGAAGUCAUUCUUGCUGUCGUAGACGACCUUGGGAACUUAUACGUUUAUCAGAUCGGAGAUGAUGGAGGCAUCAGCUAUUUUCCGUUAUUUCAGGUCAAUCGACAUUUAGCCACGACUGGAGAACCAAAUCGGGUCAUUUGGUGCAAGUAUAUUCCGGAUGAUUUUGAGUACGUCCCUCAAGAAAACGAUCAGGAGAAUUUUUCCAAGCUCUUGAUGGUGUCGCAUAAGAACCGUUGCGAGUUCUAUUAUAUUGAUAUGAUAAUUUCCCGCCAUGGGCAAAGCUUUAAACUGGACGAGGGCGACUUUAAAGUAGGUUGUGAUGUGGUAACUGGUAAUAUUCCUGGAGCUAUUACAGAAGGUUCUAUAGCGCCGGAGGCCACAACCGCUGCCGUGGCUACUUCUACCGGUUUAACCAAAUUUAUAAAACUCAACAUGACACAAGAUCCGGACAAGCGGCAGCUCCAGUCAAUCCAUGAGUGGAUGCCGCAUCAAGGACCGAUUAGUUCCGUUUUCUUUCUAGAUGACCACCAAUAUAUUGACCCCGAUGCCCGUUUCUGGGAGUAUGUCGUCACGGGAGCAGACGAAAAUCGCGAAUUAAAACUAUGGGAUUGUGCCUCUUGGACAUGUCGACAAACGAUUCGAUUUGACGGCUUCGGCCGUGAGGUAUGCCUUAAAGCACGAAUGGACUUAUCAUCUAACUAUAUCAUCCUGUCCGACCUUAGUAAUAACGUCCUCUAUAUAAUCCAGAUCCGCAAGGAAGUGAAGAAUGGAACAACAGUAUCUGCGUCAUUUGCCUCGAUCGCCUACUUCCAUUUGACUUUUCCUGUAGUGAGCUUCGCUGUCAGCUCUGUUUCCCGCUGCAAGUAUAAGCCGAUGGAAGAGCAUGUCUUGAAUAUUCUCGAGCGUGACGAUGACGACGAAUCGAAGAAGCUCGAGGGGAUUCUUGUCGAACUUACUUGGUUGACGACAAAGUCAUUGCAACAGUGCAAGAUUAUCUAUCGGCCGCUUAAGGAUCCCGAGCCGGCGUUAGACCUUACCACGACAGCUACCAAAUUAAAUUCGGCGGUAUUACUUGACAGCGUCGUGCCAAAGAUGAUUCCCAACGUUCGCUCGGAAAGCGACGCGUCGUCACCAAGUAAGGAGGUGGCAGACAUUUUGCAGCAAACAGAAUCAGAAGAAAACGGCAACACAUCGCCAGAAGGCGGCGUUGAAGGGAAGAACUCGCCUAGCGACCUCGUCAAAGCGUGCGAGAAACUUCAGGAACAGGCACAACAGGCUGUGCAGUUUGAGCCGUUACCCCCUUCGGAGAAAGAACUGACGGCGCACGGCUUCGGUACGAUAAGCAUCAACGUGGAGGAUAUCACCCGCGAGCUGGGCGACCAAUUGACUCGCAGUCUCACAAACGAUGUGGAAGCCUCGCUCGUGCCCGCGUUACAAACGUCAAUUGGCAAGAUCGGCGAAGAUUGCAAGCUCGCAUUCCUCACCGAGGCACGCCAAACCACUCGCGACGCGGUCAAUCAGGUGAUCUGCCCCACAUUUGAACGCAUCUCGCAAAAGCUUUUCCACGAUAUCGCCAGCAACUUGAAUGUGGGCUUCAAACAGAUGCUUGACAAAGUUGAGGGUCAUUUCGAGGCCAGAGGCAAGGAGAGACACGAUCUAAACAAGAAACAGCUCGAAUCGGCGUUAGAUUCAGCCAUCAGUCAAAUGGUGAAGCAUAUGAAUAAGACGAUGGAGCAGUCGAUUCAACAGUGCAUUGCCCAAUGCCGUGAAACUGUUACAACGCAGGUUGCUACUGAAAUGGCGAAGCAGGAAAAAGUUCUUCGGACGGUGGUGCGCGAGGAGGUUGGCAAGGCGCUGCAGGCGGAGCGGAGGUCGCUUAUGGCCAGCCCUGCGGGGAGUCUGAGCUCGAUGGACUCGAACCGCAAUGCUGGUGUGUUGCACGAGAUCAAGUUGCUGCUCUCACAGGGCGAGGUAAAGAAAGCGUUCUCCCGAGCGCUUUCCGUAAGUGAUCUGGACGUCCUUAUCCAGACGCUGCGCAUGGCCGACCGAAAAAGUAUUUUUAAACGGGAUCGUUGUCCUCUCACACCACAGGUUCUAGUGGCAUUGAUUCAACAACUGUCUGCUGACAUUUCUACGCACACCCAGUUGAAACUGGAUUACUUAGAAGAUGCUAUGAUGACACUGGAUGCCCGAGAGGAGGUGACAAAACAGCUACUCCUCCGGAUCCUACCGUCGUUUGUUGAGUCGCUCAAGAACUUCCUGCGCAGUUAUCCCCAGCAUGCGGACCAUCGUCGAGUGGAGCGGCUUCGUAGUAUGGCAGAACUGUACACAGACCGGGUGUCGUCUGGUUAUUAGAUAUGUGGUACGACUUGCGAUUAGAUCCAGCAACUUGGCUUCUUCUGUCUUGUUGGAUACAUUUAAUUUAACCGGCCGACGCAGUUGACGUGAGUGGCGCAAACGUUCAAGGGCUCGCCGCACCAUAUGUUGUCUAACGAGACAUACAGCCUUCGGCCGCAAAGUGCGCGGACGACUAGUCCUUUAUGUAAAGGACUGCGUAUUUCAUGGGUUGUUCGUAGCGAGGUAGCGGUCCAUCAUUCUAAAGCGCUAUGGAAAACUGUGGGCAGGACACCAAUGAAGUGCUCGCCAACCUAAACGAUUCACAACUCUUAAAAUAAUAUGUCUAUUGGAAAUCAUUUUUUACGAUUUUCCGGAAUCUGACAAGGUGCGAUCGCGCACUGCAGCGAUAUCACACUGACUCAUUACCUUCUCUAUAACUGCCAAGCUCUAUCGCGCAGUUUAUUUUUUUGCACAAAACAUGGUCAUCAUGUUUAUUGGACAUCUUUGGUUGUUUUUUAAUAGAAAAUGGCCUUAAUGAUACAUCAACAAACCCUGAUUACCUUUGCCAUAUAAAAUAAUAAUACAAUGUGAAAGAAUCGCAAUCAUUGUGGCAUUGUAUGGGUAUUAAUUAUCGCGUCAUUACGACUGCUGAACUGUUUUGUAGCGACUUAGAAACGGUUUCCUCGGUUUGAUGUAAACAGUGAGUGAUUUCGUUUUCGAAACGGAUGCGCAUUAGAGCAGUGUGAUACUCUUUGCUUGUGAUCAGCUUCGACCUUUAGGAGAAGAAUGCGUGUUCCAGUAUGUCCGGAAUCGGUCAUUUGUAUGUAUCAAAGGCGAAGUAAGAUCAGUUGUAUAAGGUUUUUGUGUUUGUGGACGGACACUUUGCUGUCUGUUGUAUAUUCAGACUUUGAUUUCUUCCAAUUCCAAUCGAACCAGUCAAUAUACAUAUAUAUUAUCCGUCAAGACAAAUGCACCUUAACGUUACGCCUACUAUAUUGUUUUUUUGUGCUUUUGCCAUUGUUCUGCUAUACUGCAACUCCGCUCCUGGAGCAAUUUUGUGCGUUGCCUAAUUCUUAAUAAAAAUAAAUGUAUUGGUAUUAUACAUUGUGAGAAUGUAAAUCUCACCAUUGUUCUGACAUGAAAUGGGGGACGAGAAUGGUUUCAUCUCUUUCUUUGUUUACUCACUAUGUGUUAGCGAUUGCUUCAUAACGUUUCUGCGUACACUCUUGUACCUACCAAUGAUAUGUAUGUGUGUCUGUGUGUUUGUCUAAACUUUAGCGGCUCGUAGCUCCGCAUUUUGUAAGAGGUUGUAUGCCCAUUACAAGUAUGCCUGGGUGCGUGUCGAAGGGGUUCGAAGCUGUCACGUGGAGAUUCUUAGAUCAAUGUGUUUGGGGAGGAAUGCAGUACUCUGUUUUUCCUUGAAUUUUUUGUUUUGGGCCCUCUAUUUAAGUUCUUCGGCCUGAUAUUGUAAGAAAGGACUACAGGGGGUGAUGGGCUACGACUGCCUGUCCCUCGCAUAUAUAUGUAUACGCUCACAACACGUAGCCAUGUAUUGUACUACGUACAGGCAUUGAAGACGUAGAUUUUAUCAAAAAAAUGAAGCGCUAAUGAAAACUAGGUGAGAAAAGUGAUGGAGGAAAAAAGACUGAACAAAAAGGCUUUGGAGAUUGCGGUGGCUUUUCAUCUUUAACGACUUGUGACAUCAUAAGAAUACUUUUAGUUGCUAUUGUAACGAGGGUGUUUAUGGAAUGUACUGAUGAAAAAUAAGCCUGUGUAUAAUAGUAAUAAUUAGAAAGAAUGAGCUAAAAAUAAAUUAACGAGAAGUGGAAACGGAAAA